AUGAGGAUCUUACAUACAAAGCUUAACCAAAUAUACUUUCUCCUUGAUUGUAGAUAUGUGUCUCCAAGUGAAGCAUGUUGGAGAAUUUUUGCCUAUUCUAUUCAUGGAAGAAAACCAGCUGUUGAACGAUUAUUUUUUCACUUGGAAGGAGAGAAUUCAGUGUACUACAAAGAUUUUGAACAAAUUGGAAACGUCCUACUUAAAGCAAGUGUGACUGAAUCAAUGUUUACUUCAUGGUUUGUUGCAAACAACGAAUAUGAGGAUGCCAAGUUAUUGACUUAUGGGCAAUUUGUCUCUAAAUUUGUGUAUAUAAAAAAAACACAAUGUUGGAGACCGAGGAAGCGUGGUUACACAAUUGGACGUUUAAUUUGGGUGCCCCCCACAAUAGGAGAAUUGUAUUAUAUGAGAAUGUUGUUAACUGUAAAGAAAGGACCGACAAGUUAUGAUGAUCUCAAAACAGUUGAAGGGGUUAAACAUAAAACUUACCGUGAGGCUUGCUUUGCAAUGGGAUUUCUACAAAAUGACAAAGAGUUCAUUGAAGAAAUAAAAGAGGCAUAUAAUUGGGGCUCAGGCAUAUUCCUAAGAAAAGUGUUUGUUACUAUGUUGUUAUCAGCUUCAAUGAAUCGACCUGACCAUGUCUGGCGAAACACUUGGAUAUAUCUGUCGGAUGGAAUUCUAUACAAACAAAGGACUUUGUCAAUGAAUCCAGGGUUGUCUCUAUCUACUGAAGAAACCCAACAACUUACUUUGUUGAAAAUUGAAAAGCAAUUACAAAAAAAUAGAAGGAGCUUACAUGAAUUUAAGCCAAUGCCAUAUCCAAAAGAUUAUGUUAUAGAUUUUCUUGGGAAUCGAUUGAUAUACGAUGAAAGACAAUAUGAUGUUGCAGCAGAGACAAACAAAUUUCAAGAAUUGCAUCAAUCCUUAACAGAUGAACAGUUGAAGAUUUUUAACGAAAUCAAUCAAGCUGUUAUAGAUCAAAAUGGAGGUGUCUUUUUUUUAUAUGGUUAUGGGGGAACUGGAAAAACAUUCAUGUGGAACACACUUUCAGCAGCCGUACGUUCAAAUCGUGACAUUGUUUUGAACGUUGCAUCAAGUGGUAUUGCAAGUCUACUUCUACCAGAAGGAAGAACGGCCCAUUCUAGAUUCAAAAUUCCAGUACCAUGUCUUGAUUCAUCUACAUGUAACAUUGAUAAAAAAGACGACCUUGUCGGGUUGUUGAAAAUUACCAAGUUGAUUAUAUGGGAUGAGGCUCCAAUGGCAAAUAAGUGGUGUUUUGAAUCACUUGACAAGUCUCUCAAGGAUAUCAUGGGGGAACCAAAUAAACCAUGUAAGGAAAUAUUUGGAGGAAAGGUUGUAGUAUUUGGUGGUGAUUUUCGGCAAAUUCUACCGGUUGUACCAAGAGGAACUAGGUCUGAUAUUGUGCAUUCAACCAUAAAUGCCUCUUAUAUUUGGGAACAUUGCAAGAUCUCCAAAACAAAUGAUGGAUAUGCUGAAAUUCCUAUUCCACCUGAGUUUCUUUUAACAAAUUUUGUGGACCCAAUUGAAACCAUUGUUACAAGUACAUAUCCCAACCUACUUGAAAAUUACAGAAGAGCUGAUUUCCUUCAAAGUAGAGCUAUUUUAGCUUCAACUAUUGAAAUUAUGGAUGAAAUCAAUGAUUACAUUACUAACCUUCUUCCAGGUGAUGAGAAAGAAUUUUUGAGCAGCGAUUCUAUUGAUAGAUCAGAAGCAAAUGACAAUGAGGCAUUCGAGCAUUUGACUCCUGAAUUCUUAAGUUGUUUGAAAACUUCUGGUCUACCUAAUCAUUCCAUGAAAUUAAAGAUUGGCACUACCAUUAUGUUGAUUAGGAAUUUGGAUCAAUCUGAGGGACUUUGCAUUGGUACAAGGUUGACCGUUUCAAGGUUAGCAAAUCAUGUCAUCGAGGCUAAGAUUAUAUCAGGUACUAAUAUUGGAAACACUAUUUACAUACCUAGGAUGUCUCUGUCUCCUUCUCAAUCUCCUUGGCCAUUCAAACUUAUUAGAAGACAAUUCCCCAUAAUUGUAUCAUUUGCCAUGACAAUAAAUAAAUCUCAAGGCCAAUCAUUAGACCAUGUUGGUUUAUAUUUGCCUAAAGAUGUCUUCAGCCAUGGACAACUAUAUGUUGCAAUGUCUAGAGUUAAAAGCAAGGGAGGUUUGAAAUUCCUCAUUCAUGACAAAGACAAAAUCCCAUUAGUUCAAACUACUAAUUUGGUUUUCAAAGAAGUUUUUCACAAUGUUGUAUAG